CCGGAACCUUCUUUCUCUAAUCACUCUUACUGCACAAGCUCGAACGCAAUCCUAUCCAUCAGAUAUAUAAGCGCGGCACUAGAAAAAUGAGUAACACCGACAGCAUCAAGCAAGCAACCAACACAAACUAAUCAUGUUUUUGAGGCCUUUGAGGGGUAAUUGGUUAGCAGUGUUAAGAAACGGAGGUAAGGGUGCGUACACAACCUCAACGGUGGGAAAGAUGAAAGCGUGUGCAGGUGCAGGUGAUUACGGGCACGUUGAGCAACAUGGGAAGUCGGCGAAGCAGGACUUUGUGCCGAUUUACGUGGCGAUUGGGAUGAUCGGCUUGUCCACAGGGCUUGGUGCGCACACUGCGUGGCACCACCUCAGGAAUUCCCCAGGGGUGCACGUGAAGAAGCAGCGGAGGGAGACGCUGCCGGAAGUGGUGGAGCCCGACCACGUGGCGGAGGAGUCCGACAAGUUCAUCAAGCAAUCCUUCUUCAGGAAAGUGGCGCACGUGCAAGAGCGUAGCUACCCCGAUCACAACCAAAUCCCUAAUCCCAUCCGUAGAGAUGCUUAUGCUUAUACUCCCCGUCUUCAAACUCUCAAGUCCGUUGGAGUUGACCCCUCCCAUCUCUAAACUAAAUCAUUUUCUUUUUUAAUAUAAACACUAGCUUUUAAAUACCACUCUACUCGCUACCUUUUCAACUCUGUCUCGUUAAGGACAUAUUGUACAAAUUAUCUGUAUUGUAUAAAUCUAUUUUUCACUACAUUAUAUCAAUGUAUUAUUAAUAUUAAAUUCGGAUCA